GACGUCAUCUUCCUCCUAGUGACUGACUGCUGUUAUCAAGAUGGCGCUGCGGCCAGGAUCUGGAGGAGGCGGCAGUUUUAUGUAUCCUGUUGGAGGGGGCUUGGGACCGCCACAAGGCAUGGUACCCAUGCAGCAGCAGCAACAGCAGCAACAACAGCAACAGCAGGGCUUCCCUAUGGUUCCAGUCAUGCAGCCGAACAUGCAGGGCAUGAUGGGAAUGAACUUUGGGGGACAGAUGCCCCCAGGAGCAAUGGCCAUGCAGGGUGGGAUGGUUAUCGGGAUGCAGACCCCUGGGAUGCAGUUCAUGGGUCAGCCACAGUUUAUGGGUAUGAGACCUGCUGGACCCCAGUACACUGCGGACAUGCAGAAACAAAUGGCAGAGGAACACCAGAAACGACUGGAGCAGCAGCAGAAGAUGCUGGAGGAGGACAGGAAGAGACGACAGUUUGAGGAGCAGAAGCAGAAGCUGAGGUUGCUCAGCAGUGUCAAACCCAAGACAGGGGAGAAGAGCCGUGAUGACGCACUGGAGGCGAUCAAAGGCAACCUGGAUGGCUUCAGCAGAGACGCCAAGAUGCACCCCACCCCGUCAUCACAGACCAAGAAGCCAGACUCAUCGCCACCUCACCUGUCUGUCACCACUCACUCCCACCCCCCAGCUUUGUCUGAGGACAUUGAUGAGUUUAGUGACUUUCAGGGGCCUGUAGACGGCCCUUCCUCCUUCCCUCCGUCCUCCUCCUCUUCCUCCAACUUCGGCUUUUCAUCUCAGGCCCUCGCCCAGCCUUCACCCUCUGCCCCCAAGACAGGUUUCUGUCAGGAUGAUGACGAGUUUAGUGACUUUGUUCAGGGUCCUCUCAAUGCUUUCCCUCCCUCCAACUUCCACAUCUCCUCUGAGGCCCAAGUCCAGCCUUCAUCUCCUUCCCUGAAGGCAGGUCUGUCCUCCACCUCUUCCUCCCCCCUCCCUCAGUCCCUCCCUGCCUCUGUGUCCAUUCCCACUGACACCCAACACUCUGCUGUCAACACCAGCACCCACUCUACAUUUCAAGGCCCGUCCCUGGAAGAGAAGCUAUUCUCCUCAUGCGAUCUUUCUGCUGAUAAGACGGCGCAGUUUAGCUUUAAAUCCAAGCAGAGUCUGGCUGCAAUGGGUCCUAGAACUAAAGUCACAACCCAGUUUCACUCCAGCACUAAAGCGAGGAACUGGGCUGCGGCCCCUGAGGACUUGAGCUCUGUCUUCGUCACAGAAAAGCUACCUGAGGCUCCGGUGUCAGCACCCAUCGCCCCCCCAUCAGCUGCUGCCUCGUCUCCUCAAACCGGUAGUGACAGUGCAGGUGUUGCCGUGUACCCACAACAAGAGCACAUCCAGCCCAUGCUGCCAGCAUGGGUUUACAACGACAGCCUCAUCCCAGAAAUGUUCCAGAAGGUUCUUGAAUUCACCAUGACUCCUGCAGGGAUCGACACAGCCAAGCUCUAUCCAAUACUAAUGUCCUCAGGUCUUCCUAGGGAAGCACUGGGGCAAAUCUGGGCGUCAGCCAACCGCACAAUGCCUGGCAUGCUAACCAAGGAGGAGCUCUACACUGUACUAGCACUAAUUGGCGUGGCACAGAGUGGCCUCCCAGCUAUGAAUGUGGAAAUCCUCAGUCAGUUCCCUUCUCCACCUGUGCCCAAUUUGCCGGCCCUGGCUAUGGCCAUGGCCCCUGUCAUGCACCAGCAGCAAAUGAUGACCAAGCCCCAGGUUUCCAUGGCGAUGGCCAUGCCCACACCAGCAACGUCAGUCAUGGCCAUGAAACCUGCAGCCCCCGCUCCAGCCCCCUCAAACACUAACUUCAUUGCCAGUUUCCCUGCUGCACAGGGGACCAAAGCCGAUGACGACGACUUCCAGGACUUCCAGGAAGCUCCAAAGGCAGGAGCAGGAGACCCACCCUUCACUGAGUUUCAGGGGGAGUCCGGUGGUAGCUUCCCCACCACCAUCACCCCUCAGCAUCAAAACAGUGCGCCCGCCUUGCUGACUCCAGUGUCUGGUUCCUCGUCCGCCUCCAUCAUGUCCUCUGAUAAGUACGCCGUCUUCAAGCAGCUGUCUGUGGAUCAGCCCGCAGAGCCCACACCCCCUGUCUCAGAUGGUGGAGAUAAAUACAGUGUGUUCCGACAGCUCGAGCCACCUGUUGACAAGAAACCAUUCGGGGAAAGAUUUGCAGAUUUCAAGUCUGUCAGCGCUGAUGAUGGCUUCACAGACUUUAAAACCGCCGACAGCGUCUCUCCAUUAGACCCUUCAGACCAGGCCAAGAUCUUUCAACCUGCCUUCCCUCCUGCUUUCCCAACCUCUCAGUCUCUACAACAGCUACCCCAGCAGCAGCAGCAGCAGCAGCAGCAGCAGCAGCAGCAGCAGCAGCAGCAACAACAACAUCAACAGCAACAGCCAGCGGUGUCUCUUUCUCAGUCCAAAAAUCCUCUCAACAUGGCCGACCUGGACCUUUUCUCUUCUAUAGCUCCUUCUGUUCCUGCCCCUUCUGAGACAAAACCCAGCACAUUCCCCUCAGUGUCUGUACCCCCCUCUCUAGUGCUCCUACCAGGUGGAGCCAAACCUCCACGGGGGGGAACCGAUGAUUUUGGGGAUUUUGCCCUUUUUGGCUCAGCCUCUGAUGCCGCUCAAGCUUCAGCAGCAGGAGGAGCUGUGGCAGCGCCUCAGGACGACUUUGCAGACUUCAUGGCGUUUGGCAGUUCUGGUGGGGAGCCUAAAGGCGAGAGCUGCAGUCUGGGGGUCCAGGGGGAGGCCUCCACUCAGCAGCGGCCUCAGCAUGGCUCAGACAAGUACGACGUGUUCAAGCAGCUGUCUCUGGAAGGGGGCCUGGCCUACGAGGACAAUAAGGAGAGUGGCGGGGGCUCCUUCUCCUCUCUCAAAAGUGACACCGAUGACUUUGCCGACUUUCAGUCAUCCAAGUUUUGCACCGCGCUUGGGGCUUCGGAAAAGACUCUCGUGGACAAGGUGGCCGCUUUCAAACAGGCCAAAGAGGACUCUGCUUCUGUGAAGUCCCUCGACCUCCCGUCCAUCGGGGGGAGCAGCGUAGGAAAGGACGACUCCGAGGACGCACUCUCAGUGCAGCUGGACAUGAAGCUCUCGGACAUGGGCGGAGACCUGAAACAUGUGAUGUCGGACAGCUCUCUGGACCUGCCGGGUCUCUCGGCCCACCAGCCCCCCGCUACAGAAGGAGACGACAUGAAAUUUGACCCCUUUGGGACCUCUGCCCUCAGCACGCUGGCCAGCUAUGACUGGUCAGACCGGGAGGAAUGUCUGCCCGGUGAGGUCCGAAAGCCGCAGGGCUUUGAAGGACCCUCCCUCCCACCUUUAGUGCCAGCACAGAGGAAGGAGCUGAGCUUUGGCAGCUCUGAAAACAUAACAAGCAGCUCCGUAGCAAAGAUCCCAACGUCUUUCGCCCCCGAGGACAGCUCCUCCUCAGAUGACAAGUUUGAAGCCUUUGCUGAUUUUGGCUCCAGCGAACAGGGAGGUGUCGAUGACGAGGACGACUUUGGGGAUUUUGCCAGUACCGUUUCUGAGAAGUCUGACUCGCCCGCCGCCACCGCUGAGGCCGGCUCCGAGGGAAACCAAAGUGAGGCCUCUGAUGAGUUUGGAGCCUUCCAGGCGGACAAGCCCAAGUUUGGCAAGUCUGACUUCCUCAAAGCCAGCGCUCAGACCAAAGUCAAGUCCAGUGAGGAGAUGAUCAAGAACGAACUGGCGACCUUUGACCUGUGUGUUCAAGGCUCCCACAAACGCAGUCACAGUCUGGGCGAUAAGGAAAUUGGGCGUUCGCCUCCAUCUCCGGCUCCAGAGCAGCCCUUCAGAGACCGAUCCAACACCCUGAGCGAGAAGCCCGCCCUGCCUGUCAUCAGGGACAAAUACAAGGACCUGACUGGGGAGGUGGAGGAGAGUGAACGCUACGCAUACGAGUGGCAAAGGUGUCUUGAAAGUGCUCUGGAGGUCAUCACCAAAGCCAACAACAUCCUGAACAGCAUCAGCAGCUCCUCUGUGUGCACCGAGGUCAUCCAGUCUGCUCAGGGCAUGGAGUACCUGCUGGGUGUGGUGGAAGUGUAUCGCGUCACCAGGCGUGUGGAGCUGGGCGUCAAGGCGACGGCUGUAUGCUCAGAGAAGCUGCAGCAGCUGCUGAAGGACAUCAGCCGCGUGUGGAACAAUCUCAUGGGCUUCAUGUCGCUGGCCAAGCUUGCUCCUGAUGAAACCUCCCUCGACUUCUCCUCCUGUAUUUUGAGACACGGCAUUAAGAAUGCCAAGGAGUUGGCCUGUGGGGUGUGUCUGCUCAACGUCGACUCUCGCAGCAAGAAAAAAGAAGAAAGCACUAUUGGACGUCUGUUUAAACGAGCGUUCAACUCUGAGACGGACAACUUCAAGCUGCUGUACGGGGGCCACCAGUACCACGCCAGCUGUGCCAAUUUCUGGAUUAACUGUGUGGAGCCCAAACCCCCCGGCCUCAUCCUGCCUGACCUGCUCUGAGCCCUGGGCUGCAGCUGCCAUGGCAACGGGCAAAGGCUAAUCGUCAUCAGAUAGAUAGACGGACAACGCGCCUCGCACUGCACCCUCACCUUGGACCGGACUCCUCUGUAUUUGUGUUUUUUAUUCUGUAAUCUCUCUUUCGUCACAACUAAGCUGUCCUCCAGAUCUGGUCAUUUGUUAUAAUGUGAAGUUUUUGUAUAAAUAUAUAUGUACCAUCUAUGCUGUUAUUGUUACUCUUUAGCUCUUUCACGUACAUUCACUAAACAUAUAUCCUGUUUUCACUGCUGGAAAAAGGUUAUCAUUAAUUAAAAUAUUGUGAUUCAUGUUUAAAUUAUUAGAUGUGCAAUAUGAUUGAUACCACUGGAGGAGGAAGGCUGUAAAGAUCUUGAGUUUUUAAUGUCGCUUUGCUACUGUUCAAUAGGAUAUUUAUUCAUGACUCUUUGUUUCCACUGAACCAGAGCUGUUCAAUUCUAUUUUAUUGUACUUGAAUUACAUUUGUUGGUCGGGUCUGUUGAUGAAACUGAAACUGUUUUGGUUUUAAUAACAAAAUCUGAGGAAGGAGUACACCUUUUUGUUAAUUGUGUUGAAUCGACUGCUUUGAAUGUUUUUCUUGCACUCUUGAGGAGAUUUACGAAACUCUUUGGCUAUUUAAAUAUUCAAUUUUAUGGGGGUUAAAGUUGGGAUUUGGGGACCUGAAGGGAACCAUGUUAACAGUCGUGUUUAUUGUUGUGUGCAACUACAGCUGAAAGUUUGGAGAAAGACCCGUUCUGAUUUAAACUGCAGCAGAACUUCUCGUUUAUGACAGUGUCAUGCUUCAGCAUUGUAAUUAUGACCAUAGUCUGUAUAUACUGCCUGUGAUCAUGACUAACUGUAAUGUGAAUUUGAUGUAAAUAAAUAUGCAUACAGUUUAA